CUCCGGCCUUGCCGCCGCUACCUCGCGGAGAAGCCAGCCAUGGGCGCCGCCGGUUCCUCCGCGCUGACCCGCUUUGUCCUCCUCGCGCAGCCCCGGCCCGGGUGGCUCGGGGUCGCCGUGCUGGGACUGAGCGCAGUGGCGCUGGGGGCUGUCGCCUGGCGCCGCACAUGGCCCACGCGGCGCCGGCGGCUGCUGCAGCAGGUGGGCACCGUGGCGCAGCUCUGGAUCUACCCUGUGAAAUCCUGCAAGGGGGUGCCAGUGAGCGAGGCUGAGUGCACGGCCAUGGGGCUGCGCAGCGGCAACCUGCGGGACAGGUUUUGGCUUGUGAUCAACCAGGAGGGAAACAUGGUUACUGCUCGCCAGGAACCUCGCCUGGUCCUGAUUUCCCUGACCUGUGAUGGUGACACCCUGACUCUCAGUGCAGCCUACACAAAGGAUCUACUACUGCCCAUCAAAACGCCCACCACAAAUGCAGUGCGCAAGUGCAGAGUGCAUGGCCUGGAGAUUGAGGGCAGAGACUGUGGUGAGGCCGCCGCCCAGUGGAUAACCAGUUUCCUGAAGUCACAGUCCUACCGCCUGGUGCACUUCGAGCCUCACAUGCGACCGAGACAUCCUCACCAAAUAGCAGACUUGUUCCGACCCAAGGACCAGAUUGCUUACUCAGACACUAGCCCAUUCAUGAUCCUUUCUGAGGCGUCGCUGGCAGAUCUCAACUCCAGGCUAGAGAAGAAAGUUAAAGCAACCAACUUCAGGCCCAAUAUUGUAAUUUCAGGAUGCGAUGUCUAUGCAGAGGAUUCUUGGGAUGAGCUUCUUAUUGGUGAUGUGGAACUGAAAAGGUUGAUGGCUUGUUCCAGAUGCAUUUUAACCACAGUGGACCCAGACACCGGCGUCAUGAGCAGGAAGGAGCCGCUGGAAACACUGAAGAGUUAUCGCCAGUGUGACCCUUCAGAACGAAAGUUAUAUGGAAAAUCACCACUCUUUGGGCAGUAUUUUGUGCUGGAAAACCCAGGGACCAUCAAAGUGGGAGACCCUGUGUACCUGCUGGGCCAGUAAUGGGAACUGUAUGUCCUGGAAUAUUAGACGCCUUUAAAAAAUGUUCUCAAAAAUGACAACACUUGAAGCAUGGUGUUUCAGAACUGAGACCUCAACAUUUUCUUUAAAUUUGUGAUUUUCACAUUUUUCCUCUUUUGGACUUCUCGUGUCUCAAUGCUUCAAUGUCGCAGUGCACAAAGCAAAGAAAUACAGUCUUGAUAACUUAGUAGGCUUUCAGUAAGACACUUAAGUGACAAGACAGGAUUCUGAAAACUCCCUGUUUAACUGAUUCUGGAAUAGUUCUUUCUCCUGCUUUGCCAUUUAUCUACCAAGAGUGCAGACUUCCAUCCUGUCACUACCACUCAUUAGGGAAAGAGAAGAAGAGAAAGAGGAAGAGUGGGUAGGCCAGAAGAAUGUCCUAGAAUGUGUUAUUACCCCUGUGCAUGAGGUAUGCAAUGAAAAUUAAAUAGCUCCCCAAAUAUGGCUGGAAUGUCACUUCCCUUUUCUUCUUAAGCCCCGGGCUAGCUUUUGAAAUAGCAUAAAGACUGAAGUGACCUUCAGGAAGCACUUCAGAUAUUAAUUUUCCAUAGGUCUGGAUCUGGCCUCACUGCUUCUCAGACAGCAUUGGAUUUCCUAAAGGUGCUCAGGAGGGUGGUUGUGUAGUCACGGAGGACCCCUGGAUCCUUGCCAUUCCCCUCAGCUAAUGACUGAGUGCUCCUUCUCCAGUUCUGGGUGAAAAAGUUCUGAAGUCUGUGGAGGAGAAGAAAAGUGAUUCAGUGAUUUCAAAUGGAUACUGAAAACCUUUAAAAGGGGAAAAGGAAAGCGUAUGUCAGUUGUUUAAAACCCAAUAUGUACUUUUUUAACUGAUUGCAUAGCUCUAAGAUCUGAUGAAGUAUAUUUUUUAUUGCCAUUUUGUCCUUUGAUUAUAUUGGAAAGUUGACUAAACUUGAAAAAUGUUUUUAAAACUGUGAAUAAAUGGAAGCUACUUUGA